CUCAUUUCCAUCUUAUACUGCACCACUCACUCGACACAGCCUUGUCCUUGUAGACAUGUGACGGGAAUACUACUCAUCCCUAGAGACAUGCCACCGCGCAAAACAGCCGCCAAGGGCAAAGCCAGCGCGUCCAAAGGUUCAACUUCUACAUCUCGACGUUCCAAACUUGCAAAGGAGAAUGAGAUUACCGCAGAAGAAGAAUUCGAGAUCAAAGAGGCGUGGAACCUCUUCCGCAUAGACGAUGUGGAAGAAUAUGAGGACGAAAAAGAAGGAGUCAUCCCUACCAGCAAGGUGAAAGAUGCAUUCCGAGCACAAGGCCUCGCUCCAAAGAGUCAGUCAGAGAUGCAGGAAUUCAUCGAUACCCUGGAUCCGGAUUCAUCAGGUUAUGUCACUUAUCCGCACUUUCUUGCCUUGUGCGCCCUUCAGCUCAAGUCAAAGACGGACGAAGCAAAGGAUGAGGAAGUCCAGACGGCAUUUGAUCUAUUUCACCCCGGACAAGCCCCGGCAAACCAUGAGCAGGUGAUUCGCCUACAAGAUCUACGGAUCGUUGCAAAGACCUUGAAAGAAGACGUCAGUGACGACGUUCUCAAGGCUAUGAUAUUAGAGGCGAAUGGAGGGCAAGGAAUUGGGAGAGGCGUCAAUGUCGAGGAUUUCCGUGCUGUCAUGACCAGGGCGGGCGUUUUUCAUUGAGACGAAUGCGAUACUGGCGGUGUGAGAUUUUCUAAGUCUGUACAAAGACCAUGUACAACAGGGACCGGAAAGAAACGAUUUCAACAUUGAUCUUUUAUUGUCUCCACAUAAAUCAACCUACAAGCUCAUUGAGAAGCUGUAGCAGUAGAGAUCCGUGGAAGUCCCGCGACCAGAUUUUGUUAUCUGACCGUUGAUCGAGACCUGGUACUAUUCUAGCUUCCCUGUCCACACUGACUCGUUUUGGGGCAAAAUGAAACGGCCAGCUCUAGCAUAGAUAGAAG